AUGUGUGAUCAAGUAUUACCAGUAACACCUGUUAAAAAAAAUAAAAGAGGCAAGGUUAUUCGAAGUAAACAAAAAAGAUUAGUUAUAAAUCUAUAUAAAACAAAGAAGGCAAAUAAACCUAAUAUAUUAUACAAACAGUUAAUACAAGAAUUAAUGACAGAAACUGGAAUUGGAAGAAAUAGUAUUGAAAAAAUAAUUUCAGAAUACAAUGGAAAUAAAACUAUUACUUCUCCUAUUAUGAAGAAAAAUAGAACAAAAAUUAUUGAAGUGAUUGAUGAUUUUUAUAAAAAUGCCAUUCGUCAAAAAGUGCAUUCAUUUUGGCAAAACCGUGACCCACCCACGUUGGAUAAAAUCGUAAAUUCUGUCUCUAAAGACGACAGUUUACCUACAUUGAAACGGACAACCAUGUACAAUCUUCUUAAAGAUUUAAAUUUUAUAUAUACUAAAAGAAAACAAAAUAGUGUUUUAUCUGAGAGAGAAGAUUUAAUUGUAUGCCGUCGAAAUUAUUUACGAAGUAUAAAAGCAUACCGAGAAGAAGGACGAACAUUAUAUUAUUUGGGGGAGACAUUAGUGGGCGAGAAAUUGGUAGACAAUUCCAUAAAAUCAAAUAUAAAUGCAUUUCAAAAAAAAAUAAUAGAUACUAGUAACCCAACUGACAAAAGCAAAUAUUUUAUUAUUAUUGUACACAUUGGUUCACGAGAAGGGUUUGUUAAUGGUGGUCUAACUUGUUUCAAUUCUAAGACUAGUAGCAAUGACUACGAUAGUGAAAUUAACGGUGAAAAUUUUUUAAAAUGGUUUAAUAAUAUUUUACCUUUAUUAAAUGAGAAUUCAGUAAUAAUAAUGGAUAACGCUCCUUACCAUUCUGUUAAGGCAGAACAAAUUCCAGUUUCAUCGUGGAAAAAGGCGAAUAUUAUGAAGUGGCUCCAAGAGAAAAAUGUUCAUGUUGAUACUUCAUAUGUUAAAGCGGAGCUAUUGGAUCUAGUUCAAAAACAUAAACUAGCGUUCGAUAAAUAUGUUGUUGACGAAGUCGCCAAGGCACACAAUAAAAUUGUACUAAGACUACCGCCAUACCAUUUUGAGUUAAACCCCAUUGAACAAGCAUGGUCCAUGGUUAAGGAAUAUGUGAAAGAUAAAAAUACCACUAUAAAAUCUAGUGAUGUAAAACAAUUGCUAAUUGAAGGUGUUGAUUCGGUCACAGCGGAAAAUUGGCAAAAUUUUGAAGAUCAAAUAAUCAAAGAAGAAACUAAAUUCUGGGAAAUAGACAAUAUAGUUGACGACUUCAUAGAUGAUGAGUAUACUUGUACAUUUAAUGUCAGAACAUCAAGUGACAGUGAUGAUAGUAUGUAA